AUGGAGUUGCAGAUGGCCAAUGUCCUCAGUUACUUGAGCCUGAAGAACAUUUUUGCUGCCAAAUGCUGUAGUCGCCUCAUCAACCAACUAGUUUGCAGUAGGCGAUCAACUUUUUGGAGCAAGAUCCUGUUUCAGCAGUGCAUGGUACCAUAUCUGGAGAGAAUGGACGCUGAUCCAGGCUUUCUGUCCAGUAUCCUUGCGUCAAACUUAGUUCAAUGGGCCCACUUGGGACAAACUCCAGCUUUGGCAUGCCAGUUGGGGAAUGAAAGUGGAGGUCGUGGAGGCGGUCUAGCCACACAAAAUACGGAAGUCACGCAGCGUUUUCUGCAGCUGGACAGUGCUCUGGCAAGGAUGAUGGCAUGCGCAAAUCUCAAGCAAACUCGGUUUGCCUCCGCAGCUGAGAACAAAAGACUUGAGAUGCUAGUGGCAAGUUUGCCAUUGGCAAAAUGGGACAACGUUCGCUAUUAUGAUGCCUUGGUUACAAUCCACGACGCAGAGCACAUGCCAAAGGACAAAGCAUGGAUAUGCCAAAAGUAUGGUGCGACCGUUUUGAUCCAGACCCCUGGAGGCAAGUUGGAACUGAACUUUGUAGCAAGCCACGAGUUGACAGAGGUGGUAGAGGAGCGCUCGGUCUAUUGUUCAGUGAGCUUCCCUGGGCAGAGCUGCAGCACCCCCCUGCUGCAUACGAGAGCCGAGCGCUGCAUUGAGGAGGAGAAUUUCACGAGCUUCGCACCAUCCGUGGACAUUGAGGAGUGGCACAAGUUGCACUGCUGUUUUUUUGGCCAAGAAAAAAGCAGCAUCAGCAGUACGACCACGACUGUUGCCCUCGUGUUUCGACUUUUAAGCGCUCCCAACUGGAGAUCUGAAUGUUUGGGCAGAUCAGAGGGCCUUGGCCGACUGAACUUCGAAGACCGACCCACCAUGCUGUGGCUGCGGGACGAGUUUGCACUGGUUGCUGAUCGUCUUGAGACUUGGACCACAUGCCACCAAUAUGGGGAUUACCAGGCGCCCGGCACCAGCCGGGGCGGAAGUUUCAAAAAAGGACAUGGCUAUAGGGCUCCGACGCUUCAGCGCUUGGGAGCUGCUCCAUGGAUGGAUCGAUUGCCCUGGUGGCGUUGGGGCGCCUCCUUGCACCCAGCUGAGGCGAAAGCGCGGCCGAAGGGCCGGGCAAAGGGCAGGCGAUCGCCGGCGCGCGGGGGCCAGUGGCGCCGCCGACAAGAGCAGGCCGCCCCGGCGCAGGAGACCAACGACGGGGCGGCCAACGGAGCCGCUGGACGGCGCCGAGGCGCCACGGCGGGUGCCGUCAUCACCGCGGCGGUGGCGCGGCCGAUGAAAGCGGCGUGGAGAACGAUGCCGACAGGCGUCGACAAGCUGCGACCAGCGUCCCCUGUGCAUGUGCUCAGGUCCGUGGAUCUCUUGGUCAGUGGCUCCUUUGCUGACGAUUGCAUUUGCAGCGGAUUGGUGUUCUUCAAAGCCACGCAGGUGGUCACCUCGUGGCUGCUCUUGCUUCUGUCCUGGAUGUACGAACAUGUUUACACUCAUGACCAGCAGGCCUUCAGUGCUUUCCUGGCCAAUCGGCCCGACGAGGACAAUGCUACGACUCCAGAGGCAAUUUCAUCAUCAAAACUUUUCAAGCUGUACCUCAACCCAGUCGUGCCCAAAUGGGCUUUGCUAGAUCCUAUCAACGAGUUCGUGUCUGCCAGAGUGCUCAACACCACCGGCUGGACGGGCACACUGGACAAGUUGGUGAUUUUUCACUUCCUUCAUGGAGAUUCAGAGGUCAAUCGAGACCACAGUGCCUAUGGAUGGAAUGCCCAAUCGGGCUUCAAUGGCGGGACCUCGAAACCACUUCUGGACGUCUUCUACAAUCAGACAGAUGAUGAGGUCUAUCGCACAGCGCUGAAACCCACUCAGUUUAACAACGAACUGCAGCAGGCGCUUUUGGCUUCUCGUCGAGCUGUGCGACCGAAAGAGAUGUUGCACUGCGGAGUGCUUCA